AUGCUUCCGACGGACAGUUGUUUGCCGAAAGACCAUAGACAAGCACAAAAGGUGUUGAAUGGUCUUGGAUUAGGUUAUGAAAAAAUUCACGCUUGCAAAAACAAUUGCAUGUUAUUCUACAAAGAGUAUGAAACAUGGGAUACAUGCCCUAUAUGCAAUGAGUCGAGGUUCAAAAUGACAUCUCAGAAUAGAAUGACUAAGAUCCCACAAAAAGUCAUGCGUUAUCUGCCCCUGAAACCUAGGUUCCAGCGAUUGUAUAUGUCGACGCAUACUGCCACAUACAUGAGAUGGCAUAAGGAAAAACGGGUAGACGACGAUGUGAUGCGACAUCCUGCAGAUGAGGAGGCAUGGAAAGAGUUCGAUCGAAUGUUCCCCGAGUUUGCUGCUAAUCCCCGAAAUGUUAGAUUGGGACUUGCCACUGAUGGAUUCAAUCCGUACCAGGAUCCUGGCAAGUCAAUCGAUGUUUACUCAAGGCCCUUGGUUGAUGAGCUCAAGGAUUUAUGGACAAACGGCGUGCGCAUGUACGAUAAAUCCACUGGAAAGAUGUUCACUUUGCGAGCAGCAGUUAUGUGGACUGUGAAUGAUUUUCCCUUAUAUGCAAUGGUUUCUGGGUGGAGCACAAAAGGUUAUAUGACAUGCCCCAUAUGCAAGGAAGAUGUAACUUCUAGUUGGCACACUGGAAACGUUUGUUACCUUGGUCAUCGGAGAUGGUUGCCAUGGGACCACGAGUGGUGGGAAAAUGAUAAAGAGUUCGACAGGAACACAGAGCGUGGCCUCAGACCUAGAGAAUGGUCCGGUGAUGAGAUCUUGGAACAGCUUAACCGUUUGGAUUUUGCUUCGUUCGGGAAAACAGUUAGUCGAACCAGACCUUCUAUACAUUUGAACUGGAUGCACAAGCCUAUGUUUUUUGAGCUCCCAUAUUGGUCAAAACUAAAAUUGAGGCACAAUCUUGACGUUAUGCAUGUUGAGAAAAAUGUCUUUGACACAUUGAUGGGCAUGAUUCUAGAUAUCGAGGGCAAAACAAAGGACACGAUCAAAGCUCGUCUUAAUUUGUAA